AUGUCUAAAGAGUAUACGAUUUUUGUUCUCGAUGCAUCCAAAUCUAUGGAUAUAGCAUCACAAGAAAAUCAAAACAACACUGAUCUUGAAAUAUGUACUGAAUUUGUAUUUGAUUAUUUAAGAAGACAAUUACUUAAGAAUAGAAAACUGGAUAGAUUUGGAUUGAUCUUAUUUUCAUCAAAUCAUAUUGAAGAAUUAUAUGAGAAUAAGCCACUUUCUUUAGAAACAGUAAGAUUUUAUCAUUCACGAGUUAAAUCAUUUCAUGAAAGAGAUUGUAAUUUAGGAAAUGGACGAAAUGAUGUUACAGACGCGUUAAAACUGGCAUUGGAUCAAUUUGAUAAGAAUUUACAUUUGAAAUUUAUAAGAAAUUUAUUCUUAUUGACAAAUGGAGAAUUAUCAUUAGGGAAUGGUCUGAUGAAUAGUGAUUGGCAAUUAUACAAAGAUACAAUCGAACUGGCUAAGAUAGAUAUCACAAUGGGGAUAUGUGAUUUAGAUUCAAACGUAAACAAAUCUACUUCAAAAGAGAAAGUAAUCCAUAUGUUGAAACGUAUAUCUAAAGAAUGGGGAUAUUCCAAAGUCCGUGAUUUGAAACAAUUGACACAUACCCGACCACCGUUGAAAUUAGUUGGUCCAAGAAACGCCUGUACGGGUAAACUCACAUUCGCUACCCAUCAAGAAGCAUUUGGACCAGAUCCAGCAACUGAUAAAGCAGGUAUAAAAAUCGAGAUUCAAGUAUUUCCAGCCGUGAAAUCGGAAUCUCUUCCAAGUGGACAUGAAUAUCAUGUCGACACAGAAAAUGAAACUUUCACGACCAUAAAACGUUCUACUACAUAUUACAUCAAAUCAGGAAAUGAAGAUGAACUAGAAGGUGAAGUUGGCUUACCAGAACAAGAGGAGUCUCAAACGUUGAAGAUUGAACAAUAUGACACGACUCCCGGGUUUAAAUAUUCUCCUAGGGAUGUGAUUGCAUUACAACCCGAAUUACAAACAGUGGCGACAUUACUAUCCAACCCUGGAAUUGAUAUAUUGGGAUUCAUUCCUGAUGAUAAUUUGCCAUCGGCAUAUCUAACUGAUGAAUCAUUCUAUGUUGUUCCAAAUCUGCUGUAUGAAGGGAAGAAUAAGAUAUUGUUUAAUUCAAUGAUUGUAUCCUUGUUGGAAAUGAAGAGUAUUGCUAUUGUUCGAUAUGUCCUGUCUAAUGACAAUGAAGUCAAAAUAUGUGCCGCCUUCCCCCAGAAAGCAGCUUUAGGAGGAAAUAUCGGAUAUACCUUUCUCCUAACGAGACUUGCUAUGAAAGAAGAUGAGAAAAUUGGGAAUUUUCCAAAUUUGACCCAGAAGAAAACUGAGAUCAAGCAAGAAGAUGAGGAUGAAAUUAGGAAAGAAGAGCCAGAUAGGGAUGCAUCUGACGAACUUAUGGAGAAGUUCAUUACUAGCAGGAAGUUACAGGAAAGCAGUCAAUUUGAUCCAACUAUUCUUAAGAAUGGGAAAGUGGGUCUCACCAAGUCAGAAUCAGUAGGUGCACCCUUGAAUGAGGACACAGAUUUGAGUUCCGCACUCUUAGCAUCAAAUCCAGUCGCAAGAAAAUUCAAUUAUUAUCUCCAAAAGAUCAUUAUAAAGUCUCUUGAGAAGGAUUCAUUACUCAAAUUUGUAAGUGAAGACCAGUUCAUUGAGAAUCAUCUUUCGAAAGAUGAAGAAACUACAAUUUUUAAUACAAGAAAUGUACUUGAUAAUCAAUUACUAUAUACAACUGAUGAAACUGACAUUGACGAUAUUGCUGUGAAGUUAAGAAAUGCUCUUAUGGUACAAUACAAGACCCAGAAGAAGCAAGUCAAGCAAAAGGCAGGCCAGAAGUUUGAUUAUCUUAUGCAACCCGAAAAUCCAAUCGAUGCAGAAUUUGAUGAAUUCUUUGAUAUUGAAGAUGUUUUAGGAAACUAA